AUGGGUUACACGUCUAGUGGAACGGGGAGAGCCGCCCAUGAGGCGUUGCUAGCCCGGCAGGAUGCUGAGUUGCGUUUGAUGGAGACCAUGAAACGAAGUCUUCAAGCUAAAAUGAAAAGCGAUAGGGAGUAUGCGCUCGCGCUGUCGGCCGCGGCGGCACAAGGACAAAAGAUGGAUAAAUGCGAAGAACUGAACGGAUCCGUCAUAGCGUCCGCCUGGCGCACCAUGACUGAAGAAUGGGAGAACACCAGCCGCAUGAUAAAGACAAACGCUGAAGCUCUCGAGUCCAAAGCUUUGGACCGCUUGAACACUUUAAUGUCUGAAAGACGAAAGGCCCGUAAAGCAUAUCAAGAGGAUCAUACUAAAAUAUCAUCGCAGUUUACACAGGUAGUUGGCUCCGAUUGGGCCGGAAAUGUUCUAAAUACUGAACAAGUCGCUUAUCGCAGUUGUCUAAUAGAACUGAUGAAUCCUAUGCGUGUGAACCUUGAUCAAAUCUCUUUAAAAUAA